UUGGAAUCAAUCACACCGUUCUCAUAUAAUUCUGCUAUUAUCUGCUGGUUCUUUUCAGCAAACCCUUCAUUCUCUUUUGAUUUAUUCAUGAUUUUGUUGAGUUUUAUAAAGUGGUUCGAGUCAGAACUUUCAGACUCUUUGCUAUGAUAGCCUCGAAGGAAAUUUAUUCAGGUCUUUGAUCUUCUUGGCCUGGCUUGCUCCGAGCUGGGCACUUUGGAUAAGUGUUCUUUGAGCGUAGUCUGAUAAAAAUACAUUUAUGUACAACUUGCUUGAACCCAUUAUUUCUCUAACUUAGCACGUCCAGAUAAAUCAUGAUCAAGUUCUAGAAUCUUUCAGUUUUCAUCAAUCAAGUCGAUGUAAUUGGCAGGCUUAUACUUCUUCUGUUCUUUAUAAGUAAUCAUUAAGUUCUCAAAAUCAGCAGCCUUGCGAAUCAUAUUAACAUCGAGUAUCAUCUUGUCACAAUCCUCAAACGAUCAAGAGUCGCAUCCCUUACUAAAAUUAUCAACUGAUAAACGGGUCAACUAAUGUUUUGAAAUAAUUUAUUUUUACAGACACUCUCUUUUAUCAUUCCAACCCUACAAUCUACUCUUGGUGUUUCUGAAUGGAGAAUUCAUUGGGAGCUAGAUUUGGGUUUCCUUUGCAAAUAAGAUUAAUGUCGGAUUUAAUGAAUUUUUGACUAAAAUAUUUGGCAAAAGUGUCUUUUUUUCAAAUAGUUUUCGUUCUGUUUGACCUAGACUGUCAUAUUAGGGAUUCUUGAAAGUCAAGUCUUUUAAAUUUGUAGAAACAUUACAAAUUUUAAAUAUCAGUCUAUUUUCAUAAGAUUCAGC